AUGGCCGCUUCGGACUCGCGACGCGAGCGGCGCAGGAAAGGGAAGGAGCGCAUCUCGGGGCAGCCUAAGUCGCCGUAUAUGGAAGAUGCGCAAGAGGAGGGGGAUGCGGCACAGAGUGACAAGGCAACGCCCGGAGAAGAACCCACCACCCCAACGGGCUCGCUGGAGCGCACCAUUUUUCAAUUGCGCCCCCAGUCAGGAUUAGCGCAGACCACCGAGGGACCUCAGGGAGACAACAGCGCAGUUCCAACGGCUUCGAAGAAGAAGGGAAAGAGCAAGGCUAAACCUGGCUCCUCCUCGCAGGCUGCAGAAGCGGGCCACACACUUUCGUUGUCCGGAGUGUCGAUACAGACGAACAUCCCAAUGCCCCCAACCGAGUUGGAGAGACAGCGAAACGAAAUUCUAAAACACAUUGCGGAAGAGCGAAGAGAAGGCCGCUUGCCUCUCCUGCAAACGGACGGCGCUGGAGCUGCAGUCCCAGUCCAGUCAUUGCCUCGUCGCAAGCCGUUGGUGAUCGAUCUGAACGACGCUAAGAAGGUCCCAACCCUCUCUGCAUUGAUCAACAUAGGCCUAGACAAUGAAGAGCCCACCAGGACUCAUGACGAGGAAACAGAGCAUCCUCGACCCGGCGCGGAUACGACGAGAACUUCGGCGCCGGUGCGAAUUUCGCCCCGUUCACGUUCGCUACUCCUAAAGCACCUCGACGACGCCGACGGAGUGCCAUCGUACCCUGUGCUGAUCAACAAGGAAGACCAGGCUGAAGAGUCUUUGAUAGUCCAGAAUGAGGAAUCAGAACAUGCUCAGCCUGAUACAGCUCCGAUAGAGCAGUCUACUUCCACCACGCUCGCAUACCCAACGGUUGUCUCCGCUGAGCCGGAUCGAACGUUUCCGGAUCCGACAUCCCCCGAAUCCGACAGAGAAGUCCCCGCGUCAGAUACAGACGACGACAAGACUAUCAUUGAUAGAGAGUUUCAGCACGCCAAAGAGGAAUGGUUCCGAGUACGAAAGCGUCCACUGACACCGCGCCACGCCCGACACCGUCGCAUCGUCUCAACCGACUCCGCCGUCAAGCCCGUGCCCAAGCGCUCUGUUCCGAUUAAGAAUCGCCGCGUAACCAACGACGGGAUAGUUGAGUUCAAGGCCAAGGCCGAUGCCGGUGCCUCGAAGGAACAUUCUUCAAUGGCACCGCCAGAGAAACCAUCUAGGAGGAAGAUCUCUGUGGCCAUACCAGUGAAGGUCCAACCAGCGCAGCCACCUCUCCCAACGCCGCUCUCAGCCUCCACCCUCGUCAACGAAGUACCACCCGAGACCGAAAAAGAAGAACGAGAGCUAGAAUACAAGCACCGCCACACUUUUAUUGGCACCGCCUCGCUCGACGACUUCCUCGAACUGCUCGAGCUCUCCUCAGCCCACACCACGACUAAACGCCAAGUCGCGAAGGCCUUCGUCCUGCUCGCCGCCGCAGAGCAGGUCCAGGCGCGCCAGUCCUCCACCUCGGGGAGCGGCUGGGAACUGGUGGCGCGCAUCACGCCGGAUAUCGCUCCUGGGUACGCUGACUACUUGAACCAGGCGCACGUCAAGCUAGGUUCUAUCUCGCUGUGUCAGUUUCUAGAGUUGGUGCGGUGGGAUGAGAAGGAGGAGGUGGCGGCUUUGAGCGUGGUGGAGGCGUUUUGCGCGGCGAGUCAUAUUGACCGGGGUGUUGUGGCGGGGACGAGGUCGAAGGCGAGGGCGUUUAGGAGCUGGAUGGUGAAGCAGGAGAAGGAGUGUUGA